CGAGCACCAAUGGCAAAAAAGAAGGCAGGAUCAACAAAAGCAGUGAACAAAGCUGCAAAGAAAGAUAAGGCGGCGCAAAAACUCGAUCGUAAAGAAAAGAAGAAAGUCGGAAAGUCAAAGAAAGAGGAAGCGGACGAUGAAGACCUCGAGGACAUCUUAGAGAAGCUGAGGGAAGAGUGGGAACAAGCCCAUAAGGUGACAGAAGAACUCGUCGAAGGACCGCCCAGUCGUCGGGCAAACGCGUCUCUGACCGCGUGUCCCACCGGCAACUACCUGUGGUGCAUUGGAGGGGAGUACUUCAGCGACGAUGGAAAGGCUUACUUUUACAACGACGUCUUCCGCUACUCGCCUGACAAAGACGAAUGGCGCAAGUUCGUCUCUCCAAACUGCCCUGGUCCACGUUCAGCUCAUAGUGUCGUCGCGUCACCGGCUGGAGGAGGGAGGCUCUUCUUGUUUGGAGGGGAAUUCUCGUCGCUUUACCAGAACAACUUUCAUCAUUAUCGCGACUUCUGGUAUUUUGAUGUCGCAACGCACAGCUGGGAGCGCAUCGAAACCAAGAUUCGACCCAGCGCGCGUUCAGGGCAUCGUAUGGCUAUGUGGAAACACUACAUCGUACUUUUCGGUGGAUUCUACGACCCAGGGUACCGAACAAACUACCUCAACGAUACAUGGAUAUUCGACACGCAGGAAUACAAGUGGAAACAGACUGAGUUUAAAGAGAACGAACGGAAACCCUCACCUCGUAGUGGGUUCUCUUUUAUUCCAACUGCCGACGGCAUCGUACUACAUGGAGGCUACUGUAAGGAAUACGUCAAAGGGAAACGUCCUAUAGGUGUGAUGCUGGACGAUACCUGGUUCCUCAGGAUGUCACUUGAUACGCCUGCGGAAGGUAAAUCGACGUCGACAGACACUCUUUCGCUCAAGUGGGAAAAGCGCAAACGACCCAGCACAGCUUUUGCCCCAUCGACGCGCUCGGGAUGUACGAUGGCUCUGUGGUCCGCGAAGUCAAUGGGGAUCCUCUUCGGUGGAGUCACGGAUGAAGACACAGACGAGGAGAGUCUCACCAGCGUUUUCUGGAACGACCUGUACGGAUACCAGCUCAUCGGGAACGGAAAAUGGGUCUCAAUGGCACUGAAGCGACCCAAGAACAAGGGUGGAACCAAGAAAGCUGCUGCUAAGCAGCAGCAGCAGCAGCGACGCACUCGGCAUUCAGACGAUGACGACCCGGACUCUGAAACUGAUAUAGCCAUUGUUAAAGAGAAACCUGCGGCACCGGACGUCGAUCCAGACGAUCCAAACCUUACUUUACCUAUGCCUCGGUAUAACGCGAUGCUGUCAGUUUUGCGGAACACAUUAUACAUUUAUGGGGGGAUCUUCGAAAAGGGAUCUCGCGAAUACACCCUAGACGACUUCAACUCGCUUCAGCUCGACAAGUUAGAUAGAUACGUCUGCCUCAAGAAGGCUGACGUCACUAUCCCCGACGAUGACGCCGAAAGCAGCGAUGACGACGAAGAGGAUGGAGAAGACGGAGAAGACGACUCGGAUGAGGACGAGGAUAACGAGAGCGAUGAUGGACCGGAAAUGGCCACUUUCGUUGUUGACGAGCCUGAAAAAGUGGAUGAGGAAGUGGACGAAGUGGCCGUCGAAGUGACACCUCAGCCGGAUCUUCGUGCUACUGCACAGGAGUUCUUGUCGGCCGCCGACAAGGAGAAACGCUCGGCCAAAGAUAUUAUCAGCACGCCUCUGCCAGGAGAAACAUUAGCGAUGUUUUAUGGUCGUUCUCGUGAAUACUGGACGCAAAAGGCGUUUAUCUCUAGCGAUAAUCGCGGCAAGGAACUUCGCCGUAAUGGCUUUAGCAUGGCGGAAAGAAAAUACGAAACAUAUAAACCUAUAUUGGAGGAAGUGGAGAAGAUCUUAGCCGAAGCAGGGUUAGAUGAUGACGAGAUCAAAGCCAGCGCAGCACGGCAGCCAGGCAAUAACACUGGCGAAAGUAGGAAUAGACGAUGAUUGCGAACACUCAGUUUCACAGAAUACGUGUUGAAGAGAUGAAACGCACUUGGACAUGGCUACCCGACACCAUUCCGAAGCGUCCCAAUGACGGACGCAUCCUCCACUGCACCCCUUUCAGCCUUUGCUUUGAGC